AUGGAACUAGGCAAUGAUACACACAUUUCAAAGUUUCUUCUUUUGGGAUUUUCAGAGGAACCAGCAUUACGGCCCCUCAUAUUUGGGCUUUUCCUCUCCAUGUACCUGAUCACUGUGUUUGGGAACCUGCUCAUCAUCCUGGCCAUCAGCUCUGACUCCCACCUCCACACCCCCAUGUACUUCUUCCUGGCCAACCUGUCCUUUGUAGACAUCUGCUUCACGUCCACCACUGUCCCGAAGAUGCUUCUGAACACCCAGACUCAGAGCAAGGUCAUUAACUAUGCAGGCUGCAUUAGCCAGAUGUAUUUUUUCUUACUCUGUGCAGAGCUGGAUGACUUUCUCCUAUCUGCAAUGGCCUAUGACCGGUUUGUGGCCAUCUGUCACCCCCUGCACUACACUGUCAUCAUGAACCCCCAGCUCUGUGGAUUGCUUGUUCUGGUGUCCUGGAUCAUCAGUGUUACAAAUUCCUUGUUACAAACCUUAAUGGUGUUGCGGCUGUCCUUCUGUACAGAGGUGGAAAUCCCCCACUUUUUCUGUGAACUCAAUCAGAUGAUCCAACUGGCCUGUUCUGACACCUUUCUUAAUGACAUGAUGAUGUAUUUUGCAACUGUGCUGCUGGGUGGUGCUCCCCUGGCUGGGGUCCUUUACUCUUAUUCUAAGAUAGUCUCCUCCAUAUGUGGGAUCUCAUCAGCUCAAGGCAAGUACAGAGCAUUUUCCACCUGUGCAUCUCACCUGUCAGUUGUCUCCUUAUUUUACUGUACAGGCCUAGGAGUGACCUCAGCUCUGCUGCUACCCAGAGCUCCCACUCAAGUGCCACAGCCUCAGUGA